AUGACGGAUCCAUUGCAUAAUACAUAUCCCAGAUCGCCGAUACCUUCUACAUCAUCUUAUGAUUCAUCUUCGGUAUCUUCUGCGACCUCUCCCAGGCCCCAAGGAUUGUACGAAGGAGGAUUGAUGGGAGCUUCGCCACGGCCAAUGACCGGAAACAUUCCUCACCCACAGCACAUGGCAAUGACUUCAGGGCUUCCGCCACCCGGGCAAAGUCCUUUCCACCACAGUUAUAGCUCUGCUACUACAUCUCCAGGCGGAAUGGGCAUGGAUUCCAUAGCAUCAAAUGGGUCGUCAAGCGGCACUCCAGGCCCUUCUGUUGGACAAAUGACAUCGGCAAAUAUGCAAGCGCAAAAGCGAGCGUAUCGACAACGAAGAAAAGAUCCAAGUUGUGAUGCCUGUCGGGAACGCAAAGUUAAAUGUGAUGCAACGGAAACUAGUAGCUGUUCGGAGUGCUCUAGUAGGAAUGUCAAAUGUCAAUUUACGAAAGAGACAAAUAGACGUAUGUCCUCUAUCAAACAGGUUCAAGACUUGGAGAAACAGAUUGCCCAAGUCAAGCGCGAGAAUAACCAAUUGAGAGCCAUGCUCAGUAUGAAAGAGGACCAAAUGGAUGUUGAUGAAGGUUCGACUUCUAUUUACUUACCAGAAAUCGGAUCGCAACCGAAGAAGAGACCAAGAGCCCCUCUGCUACACGAUUUGUCAAAAAUACAAUCAAGCAUCGGGAAUUAUAGCCAUGGAAUCUUCAAAACUCCAGCUCCAUACCGACAGAUAGGAUCACCAAUAACCAGAAUUUCUUCACCUCCCGAACUACCUCCUAAACAUCUCGCAGAUCAUCUCUUGAGAGCUUAUUAUUCUUCCAUACAUCUAGUAACACCCAUACUUCAUUGGCCAAACUUUGAGCGCGAGUAUGAAGAAGUUUACAAAAAGGGCUCUUUGGAAACUACACCACGGAACUGGACUGCAUUAUUCUUUGCGGUGAUGGCAGUGGGAGUUCUUUUCAGCACAGAGCCCAGUAUUCAAAGAUCUUACAAAGGUAAAGAAUACAUAGAAGUAUCCAUAAACCUCACAGAUCUUUGGAAUGACGAUUACUGUAUUGAUCAUGCGCGUACAGUUCUUCUUACCAGUAUAUUUCUUUACGAAAUGAACCUUAAAUCGGCAGCGUGGACAUGGCUUGGAUCAAGUGUUCGAAUUGGACAAGAUUUGGGCCUUCAUUGCGAGACAGGACCGUCGCAAUCAGUUGAAGAUGAAAUGCGCAGAAGGGUAUGGUGGGGAAUCUAUAUUUGGGACCGGCACAUGUCGCUUGAAUUUGGAAGACCCCUUCUUAUCGACGAUGCAGAUUGCGAUGUUAAUCUCCCCAAUCCUAUUGAUGAAUUUUAUUUGGGCUAUCGAUCUCCACCUGCGCCUCAAAAUAGUGCACAAACAAGCAUGCCGUCAACCUAUCUUCUUCCAAUUAUCCAUACCAUGCGCGGUAUAGGGUCUCUCCUCAAGACCCUCAAAUUACCUAUCAUUCCUCCUUCCACAAUAUCUGCUUUCGACACAUAUUUUACAAACUGUUUAUCCGCUUUCCCACCCCCUUUCCAUCUCUCUUCCUCCGACCCUCUCGAAUCCACAACUCUCGUCCCAAUCUACCACCUCCUAAAUGCACGUCUCUUACUUCAUCGCCAUAACCUCACUACUUCUUCGCCACCCGAUCUACGCGCGUCCGCUAUCGAAUCCUGUAUUCUAGAUUCUAUGAACAGUGCUUCUAUACUCUCCCGCGCUCUCCCUCAAAGUUCCACAAGCCCACUAUCCUCGCAAAAUCGGAGCUGGGGCCAAAGUACUAGCGCGAUGAUUUGCAUGCAUAUAUGGCGAUGCACCUUGUUUUUACUGUUUGGAGGACGAUUUGACGCGGCUGCAACGUGUAUUAGAGCACUUGCUUAUGUUGGAUUUGAGAGAGAGGUUAAUGUGGCUUGUGGAAGAUACAUUGUAUUCUUUUUGGGCGUGUUGAUUGAUAAGAAGAGGAGUUCAGACAAUAAUGGUAGAGAGCAGGCGUAUUUGGGUCAAAGUUCCACUGAAAGGAUAGGAAGAUUUGACAUGGAUGAGGAGGUAGUGGCAUACUUGAGUGGAGAUUUGCAAGGGGGAGAUGAGAGUUGGAUUUGGCAAGGCAGAGAGGCGAUGGGGAUGAGGAGUCCCAAUGCUGGAGGAGCGGGCGUGACUAGUCCUACAUUAUCAAGAGAGGGAGAUAGAGAUAGGGAGAUGGGAGGUAUGAGUGGAUUGAGUGGAGGACUUCUGGUGCUUGGGGAGGCGGAAGCGAGGGACUGGGGUGGGUGGGAAAGAGUGCAAUAUCUGGUGGAGAUUCUGGCAAGAGAAUCAAAUGCGUCUGGGCCUGUGCCAGGCUCUGGACCUCUCUCUGGACAUGGACAAGGAAAUGCAUACCUUCCCGAGCCUCGAGGCGUAUUCGGUCUAGGGUUGGGUGUAGCGCCUGGAGUAGCAGGAGGAAUGGGUGGCGCAACAGGAGGAUCAAUCGGAGCGAGCGGCAUGGGACCAAUUUCAGCAAAACCACAAACAAGUCCUCCGGCUCGAAGGGACGACAGAAAUCGUGGCAACGAACGGAUGAGUAUUACCAACAUCAUCUAA